CGCUGUUCGCAUUCCAUUCAUUGACAAACGGAGCUGAAAACCAUUUACUAGAUAACAGUAAUAGUAGUAAUCAUUAAGUUUUCUGAACUUUUAGAGACAGUCAUAUUUGUUUGUGAUGGUAUUGAGGUGAAAAACUGAGUGAAAGUGCAGUGACUGGUGCAGAGAGCGAUGUUUAACAUGGACGGUAUAAGCGGUAACCACCGCUGCCUACCUGUGGAGAGCAGCAGCGUUGUUCCCGUGAGCCUGGGAGGGUCACCCACUUCUGCGAAUGGCUCGGAUUUGUUUCUUUACGAUGACUCGUCCAUGUCGGAUGGCAGUCUAUACGCGAGCGACCAAGAGAAUCUGUCCAUACCAAGAAAACGGUCGGAGUACCGGCGGCACCACAAGCGGCGCUCGCGCUGCCCGCAGCAGCAGAUCCAGCAGCGCCAGGCGGCCAAUCUGCGCGAGCGCCGGCGUAUGCAGUCUAUCAACGACGCCUUCGAAGGCCUGCGCGCCCACAUCCCUACCUUGCCGUACGAGAAGAGGCUUUCUAAAGUAGAUACUCUAAAACUGGCUAUAGGAUACAUCAGCUUCUUAGGCGAAUUGGUACGAGCAGAUCGUAAUUCUCCUAGUCACAUGUUAACUGGUUCGGGCAAGAAACAUGACAAUGAAGAACGGAAAAAAGUGGUAAUACGAGGAAACAACUUCCAGUCGCACUCCCUGUCUUGGUCGCGGCGGGGCGAGCGCCCGCCCGGCGGCCUGCUGCACGCCAAGAUUUGGAUCCCGGAGGACCCCAGGACCCUAACCAAAACCAGUGAUAAAGAAGAACUAAGAUAGAUCUCUAGGCGUUCAAUAAGGACCUAUGUACCUAACUAUCUAGAGUAGCGAUAGAUAUUGCAUUGAUCUCAUUAUUAAACGUAGGUACGAGUGAGGUACCUACUAGUAAUAGGAAGCAACACAUUUCGCGCACAGUUGAAACUUAGCUUUUCAGUAAACUGUAUAUACCAGUCAGCAGCAGAGGGUGUGGUGGUGCAAUAACAUAUACUAAUCUAUGGUGGUGAUCAAAGAAAAAUGUUCACAGACAGACUACACAGAACAAUCUGCGGUUUUUAAUUGAUCGCAGGCCGCGUAGCCAGCAUGCUAAUCGUGAGGGCUCCGUAGCGUAUCGUAGUCAUCUCUCUCUCUAUCACUCUUCCAUGUGCGACAGUGACAGUUUCGUUUCGUUCGCUACGGAGCGUUAAGAGGCAACAGGAGUGGUCAUUUCACCGUACAAAUGUACUCGACUGUUUCCUCCGUGGUUUUUGAAGCUAGAGCAAUGAUUUUUACAACACAGAUUAUUAUUAUUAAUAUCUGUGUCGGACUGCUUUUUUUUUAUAUUGUUGUUUCUUAAGGCGCUAGUCCACUUCAAAUAUUCGCAAAAAUGGCCUAAUUCACUAGGCCGCAAGAAGAAGCAUGUUAAUUAAAACAGACAUCAAUUAGCCUAAAGAGCAAAACAGUCCGACACAGAUAAUUUCAUUACCAUUUAGGUUUCAAUAUUUCGUUACAUUUGAUUAAGUUUUCGAGGAGAAAACAGUCGAGUACGAAACAUCGUUUUUUGAGAUUUUUACGCAGGUUUUUUGCCUAACCUAGCGUUGUCCUUAUCGGACUAGUCUUAGGAACCGCUUUCGUUAGCGAGACGGAUAUAUUCACCUAAAAUAUUUAAAUCUCAGCUCCCGUAUCCUCUUAACGAUUGGCACGUUGGGUACGCGGGCUAAUUCAGUCUUCGAUCUUAUGACGAAAUAUAUUUCUAUAGUGAUUUCUCGUCAAUUGAAUAGUCAUGUACGUAAUUUAGGUUAGUACUCGUAGGUAUGUUAAUAGUAGUAGGUAAGUAGGUAUAUUUCUACUAAUGACUGUUUUUUGUUGGAAAGCUUUAAAUGUAUGCUUUAUCCAUGAAAUCCUAGAUUUAUUUUGAGAUAUGAAGAUCUAAAUAUACCUACUAAAGUCCCGCGUAAUAAAUAAAUAGUUAGGUACCUACCUACCUAUCUCUCGCUAAAGAUUAUGAUACCAGAAAUCUACUGAAAUCGGUUAGCUCAAAUGGUACUUAGUAGCUAUAAUGUAAAUAGAAAUGUAUAAUAAGUACUUAUGUACAUGUUUCAAUAAAAUUGUUAAAGGCAAAGAAUAUUAAGGGUCACGUUGCUUUUUUUUAAUACUACGUCGGUGGCAAACAAGCACACGGCCCGUCUGCUUCUUUGUAAGCAGUCUCCGUAGUCUAUGGACGCCUGCAACUCCAGAUGUGUUACAUUCGCGUUGCCCACUCUAACACUAUGCACCUUCUUUAAGCUCUGGCAACCUUACUCACCGGCAGGAACACAACACUAUGAGUAGGGUCCAGUGUUAUUUGGGUCUGGGUUUCUUUACGUUUUGAUGGUUGUUAGUUUUUAUAUUUCCAUCUAGGCUCACUUACUUUUUAAACUAUUCUGCACUAUAACUAACUACAGCCUGUGUAUUCGGUCGAUACAUGUAACAAUAUUCAGUAAUGAAUACCUAUAAGUAAUUAAAAUAGGGGCUCAUUUACUCAGUGCGAGAAUUCGCUUGCGAGUUUCAUUACAUUGCGGUAUUUGAUCGGUCGGCCAAAUUAGUUGUAACCUCAAUAGUCCGCAAUGUCACUCAAAUUGAUUGCGAUUUCGCUUGCUGUCUAAAUCAGCCCUAACAAAGGUA